AUGGAGAAGGUUGAAACUUUCAUUAACAAUUCCUGUGAUCUGGUUGAUAUUUCAACAUUAUUUAAAACAAAUAAGCCAAAGAAACCUAACAAGACCAAGAAAAAUCAACAAUAUCCAUCCCAAAACACCCAGCCACCACCACCACCACCACAGAGAAUGCCAUCUUAUGAGCAACCACAUAAUUCACAACAUAAUCCACAACAAUAUCACCACAAUCAACAGCAACAUCAACAUCAACAACAACAGCAUCCUCAUCCUCAUCCUCAUCAGCAGCAGCAACAGCCAUAUCAUCAACCAAAUACAUCUAUAUCAUCACUUGAUAGCGUACCAACCAACAAAUUCAGCCCAACAAUAAAUAUGAGUGAAGAAUCACAUACACCUCAUAGUGUUGAGUCAAAUGGUAAUGGAGUUUUAUUUUCAACACAUUUUGAAGAUUUAAAAUUCGAUAAUGGUGCAGAAAUUGAUUCCAUUUGGUUGCAAAUGUUGAACUCUAAAACUCAUCAUCAAAAUGAUGGUUUCAAUGGAGCUGCUGGUACAAAUAAUGGCCCAAUGAAUACAUCAACGUUCAAUAAUAUGAAUAAUGAUUCAUCUAAUUUACAUCAUAAUAAUAUGCAUGGUGUUGGACAUGGUCAAUAUUUUGAUGCGAAUUUGAAUGUUGGUCAAUCGAUGAACAAUGUAUUUGGAAAUCGUAUGCCACCCCAACAGUUUAAUCCAACAACCAAUCAAGCACAAGAUGCUACUCCUAAUGUCAACAUUGAAGAUAAUAAUAAUACUAAUAAUAAUACUUAUAAUAAUAAUAUUAACAAUAGUACGGCUGGUUCUAAUAGUGGAAAUGCAGUAUAUUUUGAUUUGUUUGAUGAAUUUCCUUUAAAUCCUUUAGUUUAG